AUGGCUUUCGGUGUGACAGACCAGGCCAGUGAAAAGGGUGGCUCCCUCCCACAGACUUAUGUGCCGAAGGAACAAGUUCGCAUUAGUUGUUACUUCUGGUCUUUUGAUUCUGCUGCUGGAUGUGCCCACUGCUGUCCCACAGGCAUGGAGGCAACCUUUGAAAAAAAGAAGUACUGGCAAAUUGCGAAGCCAUUGGUGGAUGAACUAUGUAGCCAGUGGGUACGGGACCGUGAGAGAACAGCCUGUACAGUAGAGGCAUUACUGGCAUAUCUGCGCAACAUGUAUGAAGCAUUUCUCCCCAACAUGGCUCUCUUUCCAGAGACUGCCAAUCCAUUGCACUAUGUCAAGGCUAUUGAGAACCAUCUCAGCGAUUCUGUGACUGCUGAUGUCAAUGGAACGCCUGCCGCAUUGCCGGCGGGUGUCAAACGGAAAAGAGAGCUGCACGAAGGCUUAAGUGGGGGAGAUGAGAACCAGGCCAAUGUCCAGACCAGGCAACGAUUGGAGGGGCCAGCAUCAGACAACAGCGCAGUCAACAGAGACCUGCAUUACCUUCAGCAACCUGGUCCAAGCCUAGACGGGAGCGAGAGUAGUGCUAACGUUGAUAGCAACAGGGAAAUGUUAGAGCCAGAGGCUUCGGAUCUCUCAAUGAUAUCUAGCCCCAAUGAUUUCGUGAAUAAUAAUGAGAGUCAGGGUGAGAGCGUGAUAGACAAUGUAGGUUGUGCUAUCACAGACGGCAGCGAGAGUAGCAAUAGUCCUGCCAGCGACUCCGUCCAAGACUCUGGGUGCUGGGAUCCUACCUCAGAUGUCGCUUUCCCGAACCAAACGAGCACGCCGGAGAGGGCAGGGGCAGCAUUUGACCAUAUGCUGGCGGAGUUUAGUACUUCAAGCCAGGUUGAAUCCCCGACAACUGACAAUAUGCUGGAAACUGAUAACAUGAGUCCGGUGGCAUCCAAUGCACUGUUUGUCCCGUACGGAGCUCAGGGGUCAGAUGGCCAAACACAGCCGUCAUGGGUAGCCUGCCAAAUGCCAUCUAUGACCGACACAAGCACCGCCGCUCCGCUCCCAAUGCUCCCUGAUUUGUCCUCGGCCGAAGCAGAGGGGUUGGUCAGCAGCUGGAGCAUGCCAGAAAAUAUCAGUCAGGCGAUCAUGGACACCUUUCCCACCGCCCUUCCAACUCCCUUUACACACGACUCUAUAUCCCAGGCAACGGAUAGGGGCGAAACUGACCAGACUGCACUUAACUUAACCAAUGACACUGUCCCUCCACCAAAUAUUGGAAAACUGUGCGACAACCUGGAGGCGCACUGGACGGACGAGUCUUCUGUAUCAGUCUAUGGCGGACAGUUGACACGCACCGAUGUGCGAAGACUGCUACAAGAGCUGCAGGAUCCGGGAUGUCUUUCAAGUUUCAGUGUUAAUAUCUUAGGAAACCGCUUGGCCUGUCGGCAUCAGACUCAGAGUCUUUACAUCGGCCAUGUGGAAUGGCAAGACCAUCUUCAUCGGGAGUCGCUUCGUUUGUCCCCUUUACCGCCAAUGUUGCUGUUACCCGGCCACAGUCAUGGACAGUGGUCGCUGAUUGAAGUCCAGACACAACAAUGUACUAUCACUCACUAUCUCUUUCCCACGUCACAGCUUGCGUCUUCAGACUUGGAUCACCAUCACGACCACGGGUGCUCUGCCUGUCAAGCCGCUGCCGAAGCAGUAACUCGGCAUCUACGGAAGGCAGAUGAGACAAUCCUGGUAGGCUCCAAGUGGCAAUUUAACUGCCGCCCACUCCAAAGCGGUCAGGAAGGCGGAAUUCUUCUCCUCUGGGCCAUGGCGCAGCGGGCCGACGGGCAGCCGGCCCACAACCAGCCACCCGAGACUUUCCGAUCAGGUUUAGCUCAGGCGGUUGCCACCGAGGUGCUCCAGUGUCGGACCGAUCCGCGACCGUCUUCCGUCGCAAGUCGAGAGGGUGUGACGAGGCGGGAGGUGGUGCGGCGGCGCUGGUCCACGCUGGCGGGACGGUGUGGCGCGAUGGAUCUCACCGCGACGUGGGAGCAGAUCGCGCAGAGGCCUCUUGGUGCGGCCACCGCCGCUGGUUGGGAGCGAGCGGAUCAGCUGCUCCAGCUAUCGUUCAACAUCGCCUCCCCGCCGGUGCUAGUUGAGAUCCAACGCCAGCUGCUCCAUCUUCGCACGCGACGCGACAUGGCGGUCAGUCCGUUUGUCCGCAAUGCAGCCGGGGUUUUCGAGGCGGGGCUAUGGCACAAGAGUAACGAGCACUCGUCACGGAUCGGCCUGGCGCUCACCUGCUGGUACAUCCACGACCACCGUCAACAGCUACAGCAGGAGGGCUGCCCGGACCCGAUGGGGCAGACAGUCAGUGACAUUUUCCACCAGCUGCCCGAGGGAAGCUGGGACUAUCGGCAGGUGGAGGAGCGGGUCAGGGACUGGUACCGGCGUGCGUGGCCCUGGGCCCAGCUUGUGCGCAUUGCUGGGUCCCCGAAUGUGCUCUGUUUCCUCCCUCAGGGAGUGGGAUAUUUUUCGGACGAAGACGGGUCCUCUAUGACGGACUACCGAACGUUGAAGAAGGCAGAAUUCGAAGUCCUUGAGGCGGUCAUCCAGCAGUUUCGACCUCUCCUCUUGGCGGCCGUGCCACCAACUUUCUUCGAGAUUUUCCUCUACAACCGCCUCCCGGCCAGUCGUUUUGCCAUGGAAGAGUGGACGGAGCGAGAGAUCCUGAGCGAACCGCUUGACUCCAGAAAGUUCGAACAUGCGUUUGACCUAAUGACCGAACAGGGUAACUAA